AUGCCUAUGCACUCUAAAUAUGCAUGCCGUGUUCUCACAGCUCUCGCUGGGUAUUGCGGUGAAGAUGGGGGCGAAGCUUGCGCCUGCUACUCUGCGACCUACUACGUUCCUGAUCAAUGGAACUCGCUGGCUGCGGGGUGCGCAGUGGCGACGUCCAAGUGUGCAAAACAAAGCACUGCGUCGGAAGAUUCUUGGUGUGAGGUUGCGCGUACAGCAGCUAAGAACACAGACUACUGCACACGCAGCUUCGCAUCGUCGGAUGGUCCCGAGGUUGUGAAAUUUGCCGCAACUACAGUGAAAGAGGACACGCCCAGUUCACAGCCCGAUGCGAAAACUACAUCAUCUCCAAGCUCUACGGGUUCCGAGACUGCGACAACAACGGGCGACGAUAGUUCUCGAAUGACACCCACUUCAAGAAUCGUGAUCAUAUCGACUCCUACAACACAGGGAUUCCCUUCUCAAACGUCCUUGGGAUCCUCUGGAUCAUCUGCUUCGUUUGGUUCGAAGUCGGUCGGUUUGCUUUCCUGCAUAUUGCUUACAAUUCAUACUCUGUUCUUUGUAUGA